AUGAGCUCACACGAGAAGAAAACCUUGGUCGUCCUGGGCGCCACAGGAAAUCAGGGUGGCUCCGUGGUUCGAGCAUUCCUGAGCGACACGACUUUAUACAGCGAUUGGCACGUACGAGGUGUAACUCGAAACCCAUCCUCAAAGUCCGCGGCCAAAUUAUCGAAGCUUGGAGCGGAAAUGGCCUCUGCCUCCCUCAGCUCCGUCUCGGAGCUCAAGUCAUCUUUCGAGGACGCAUCAGUGAUUUUCGCAGUGACAGACUUUUGGAGCGCCAUUAAGACCGAAGAGGUUAGCCACAGGGUCCAAAGCGAAGGAGUUGACCUCGCGAUUGCUACUCAGGACCUAGAGGAGGCUUGGGGCAGAAAUAUUGCAACAGCGGCAGCCAGCAUACCGACCCUAGAGCGCUUCAUCUUCAGCAGUCUUCCACCUGUCUCCGAACUCAGCCUAGGAAAGCUAAAGCACGUCCACCACUUUGACGGCAAAGCCAACAUUGUCAGAUACAUUCGACAAGAACAUCCUGCGCUGUGGGCCAAGACUUCCCAGAUUUUGGUUGGAUUCUACAACUCCAACAUUUUACCCGACUCAUAUUUCGGACCCAAAUCCAAUCCAUUGACAGGAAAGAUCGAGUUUGAAGGGCCUGUGAGUGACGACAAACUUAUACCGUUCAUCGAUGCCUCGUCCAGUACCGGAAACUCUGUCAAGGCUCUGGUUCUUGAUGAGCCGGCGGGUACAAUCUUGGCGGCUUACGACGAGAUGAAGUCGCUGGGAGAGUGUAUCGAGCUUCUACAUAGGGAAAUGGGUCGGGACUUUGUCUUUGUGCAAAGAACUGUCGAUGAGAUGGCGGCCGAAUCGCCGCUAGGUCGUGAGGCUCCCGAGAGCUGGGUUUGGCUUGCAGAAUAUGGUCUCUUUGGAGAGAAAGUUGAAGGAUGGAAAGAGUUUCUGACAUUACCUGGAGCUCUGAAAAAUCAGAUUGAAGCGGUCAAAGUCGACGAAUGGCUUUCAGCACAGGACUGGAGCAAAGCCUUUCCAUCAAUUUAG